AUGUCGACAAACCUUAUUGCUAGCGUGCAACAAUGUAUCACGACCGGAGAUGAUCCGAAUGACGCGAAAGCGAAAGAAAAAAUAGUGUUAACUAUAGAUUCCAGUUUAUUCGUGCAUAUAAAAAGUGAGUCAACUGCAAUGGGACUAUGGCAGAAGCUAAAAAAGCUAUUUGAUGAUAAUGGCUUCACGCGACGCAUCGGACUACUUCGUAACCUCAUAUCAAUUCGUCGUGAAAAUUGUGAUUCUAUGGCACAAUAUGCGACUUCAUUGUUAGAAACAAGCCAGCGAUUGAAUAACACAGGAUUCAAAAUUAGUGACGAGUGGAUCGGGUCUCGUAGCGUAUAA